GUACCCGUCUUUACACCGAUAGAUAACCUGGCAACUGCCAGCGCAGAUAGGCGGCCUUGGCUUGGGGGGCUGCCUGACGCCCAACCCCAAACCAGCUUGGAUGCUGGAGCUGCUUCAGUGAACAGUUCCGCAGAAAGGCAGCCUGGUGCAAGCGAAGAGAUCUCAGUUCAAGAACCAUAUGUUGGGAUGGAGUUUGAUUCUGAAGAUGCUGCAAAGGAGUUUUACGAUGAUUAUGCAAGGCAUCUAGGGUUUGUCAUGCGUAUUGAUCAGUGCCGGCGUUCAGAGGUUGACAAGAGGAUUCUUUCCCGGCGGCUUUCAUGUAAUAAACAGGGUUACUAUGUCAAAAUGAAAGACCAAUACGGUCCAGUUCGGAAGCCACGCUCCAGCACUAGAGAAGGUUGCAAGGCAAUGAUGUUGGUAAAGGUUAAUAAGUCUGGUAAGUGGGUGGUAACCAGAUUUGUGAAGGACCACACUCAUCCAUUGGUUGCUUCUAGUCGAACUUGUCGAACUGCCAUGGAUCACAAGGACAGGAAAAUACAGGAACUGACACUGGAGUUGGAGCGCCAGGACAAACUGUGUGAUCUUUAUCAUGAACAGAUAAUCACAUUCUUGCAAAGUGUAGAGGAGGAAACUGGGCUUCUGUCAACCAAGAUUGAAGCUGCUGUUAAGAAUGUCAUGGAAAUGGAGGCAGAAGCUAAACAGCAAUCAAACCUGCAACAAGCGCAUCUUCAGUAGAUACCAUACUACUUCUGGGAAAAGAAAUGCGGCUGUUGGUUGUGGAUAUUAGGGCAUUAAGCAGUAUCAAAUGUAUAUGGGCAGAGUUAUUGUAAAUGAAUGGCAGAACAGCCAAGCUAUUCAGCAAUGUGGGGUGCAUCCUUCCCCUAUUUGUACAAGAGGAAGGAGGAACAAAGCCUGGUCAGAGGCUUCUUUUGCAUGAGUUGGGAAUAAGGACCUGGCUUGUGGGCUGGUGUAAUAGAAAUGUAGAUUGGAGAAACAAACUGAAGUCGAUUUCUGUUUGUGCGAAAUGAUCAGAUUGGGAUUCGCUGGCACAGUACUCAUUUGAUGCUAUAGGUGGGUGAAAUUAUGUAACCUUCCUCUGUUGAAUGCGGUAUCAUAUUUCCAACACCGGAUGCCAAACUGUUGUUUGCGCC